CAAAGCCGGAAAUGAAGAGGGGUUUUCAUCUUGUAUUUUCCGUCUACGUCUGGCCGUUUUCUAACAACAGCAGCAGGACCAGACAAGGGAUAACCUAAGGAUGGAAGAAUUUGAAGAUGGCGAAGCUUCUCUGGUUGACGAUCGGGUUCAGUGUAAUACCUGUAAAAGAUGUUUCUUCCCCAAAGUCCUGGAGAAGCACGCAAAAAUCUGCCAAAAAUCAGCAACUAAAAAGAGGAAGGUUUUUGACUCCAGCAGACAAAGAGCUGAGGGAACAGACAUCCCCGUACUGAAACCCAUCAAACCAAAGUCACAAAGUUCAUCUGCUACUGAAAGAGCAGAACCCCCGAAGAAGCCGUCAAAUUGGCGCAAGAAACACGAGGACUUCAUCGCCACCAUCCGGGCUGCAAAGUCCCUCGGUCAGGUCAUAAAAGAUGGAGGACCAUUGCCCCCACCUCCUCCUCCUACUUAUGACCCAGACUAUAUCCAGUGUCCUUACUGUCAGCGGAGGUUCAGCGAGAAUGCAGCUGACAGACACAUCAAAUUCUGCCAGGAGCAGGCCGCCCGAAUGCCCAACAAAAGCAAGUCAGGAGAUGCCAAAAAGCCUCCAGGUCGCACACAGUACAAGCCUCCUGCUGCUGCAAAGAAGGCCAACACUCCCGCUGUGUCAACCAUCCCUUCAGCUUCCUCUCGUUUACCCCAAAGAUCAGGGCUCGGACAGCCCACUGGAAUCCCAUCUAGUAAGGCCUCCUCAGCAGGUUCAGUGAGGAAUAAUCCCUCCGGGCUCACAAGCCCACCGUCAGGUGUGGGAAGUAAGACCCGAAUAGCAAGCUCUGGCUAUGGAACUGUGAGGAACGCUCAGACUGGACUCAACAAGAAGAAAGUAGACUCCUACAUAUCUAGGAAUGAUAUAGAUGGCGGGAACGAUGUUGGGAACGGCGGAAUGAAGAGCAAGUUUUGUCACGCUUGUGGGACAAAGUACCCUGUUGAAUCUGCCAAAUUCUGCUGCGAAUGUGGGGUCAGGAGGAUGUGUAUUUGAUAGCAGUCAGAAGAAAAAGAAAGCAGGGUUAGGUUUUAGGUAAUAAGAAUUGAGGGAAAGGUGAAAAAAUAAUUAAAUCCAUCUUUAUUUUCCCACACUGAUCUUAUGUCCCGGCAGUAAAGAUGGCGUGUGCAGUCACACUGAAUAUUAUCCAAAUUCUGAACAGUACGGCCCACAUUUCAUUGCAUAACUUACAAUAAGGAGUGCACUUAGCUACUGUGUUUUGUGUUGACUAGUGGCCGGUUGAUCUCUGUGCCGAACAGAUUUGGUACACAGAUUAAUCGGUUUAAAUCACGAUGUGGCUUUUACAAGCACAUCCCAUAAGUAGCUUCUCUUUCACUGCUUCAUUUGUGCACAGCAUUGCUGCUGUUUCCAUGAACUUAUAAAAUGAGCAUUACUGCCGUGAAACUACAGGUCAUAGAGGGUUUAAGAAUUUGUGAGAAAUAAAUAUUUCCAGCAAAGGAGAGGUGGUUGGUCAGUGGAAGGAUAUUCGCUAGCAUUUAAAUAUUAUGCAUCUUUAGAAGGGAGUAGAGGAAAGAUGACUUAAAAGUGGGUUUGAAAAAAAGAAAGGAAACAUGUUGGGUGGCUGAUAAGAGGUGAGAUCAACUGCCCUGCAUCAUUAUCCCUUUUCAGCCCUUGAUUUGAAGUGCAUCCCUCAAUCCCACCUGUUUCCACAUUGAUGUGCAAUAAUAACGACUACUGAAGAAAGCAGUGUGAUUUUUCUAAAGAAACUAGCUUCAAAUUUUUUAUCUUAUCACCUUGUUUUCUUUGGAACCAAUCCAAAAAAAGGUUGAGUUGUUACAGGUCAGUGCUCCCUUUAAGGUCACUUAAAAGGAAAAAUGUCUCACAUUACACCCAAAUGUAGCAUUUACUCAUUCCCUUUAUUCCCACUAGGUUUAUACAUUUAUUUAUUUUCUUAUUUCUUUUCAUUUUUACUGACUGAACAGUGAUUGUAUGGUUUUUUGUUUGUUCUUUUAUGCUCUACAGAGUGAAAAUAGGUUUCAUUUGGAUUUGUCUGAAACCUAAACACUGUGUUGAAAUUGCUUUUUUUUCUCAACAGUGUUUCUACUGAGUCAGUGUUCAGUGCAUCUAGAUAUUUAGAAUCAAAGAUACGGUGACACUAAAGACAUUUUGCUUUCGACCUUUGCUUGAUGACCCCCACAUAGGUCAUUUUACGGUGGGACUUGGAAGAGUGGGGGAAAACCUCUCCUUGAGGUGCACGAUUACCUUAAGUUGUUUAACACCAAUUAUCUAUCUAAGUUGGGCAUUUAUUCCCGGAAACAAACUAUAUUCACGUUACGUGUCAAGAAAGGUUUAAGCCUAAUGGAGGGCUGCGUUUUCCUGUACUGAUAACGUCAGCUGUUAGACUGGGUAUGAUUGUGCACUUAAUGCCAUGUAUAUCCACCAUCAAUAAACUUCUUUGAAGACA